AUGGUAAGCCCCGAUGCCAAAGAUGUGACGUUUAUCGACACCGAAAAGAGUGAAGAAUUAUACACACUAAAGACAACAAAGUCACUGAUGAUUCGCAAGACUGAAAUUAUGGCAGGGCAGUACGACCACUGGUACCACCAUGCGAUUUUGCUACUUUCCGCGUUUAUAUGCGGCUACGGCUACGGGUUAGAUGGCAACGUUCGAUACAUCUACACCAGCUAUGCGGCGUCGUCGUACUCUGACCAUUCUCUUAUUUCAACCAUCACAAUUAUCACAGCAGUUAUUGGGGCAGCAUCGCAGUUAAUCUUUGCCAGACUGUCGGACGUUUUUGGUAGAUUAUCACUGUUUAUCACUGCCAUAGUAUUCUAUGUCAUUGGAACCAUUAUCCAAUCUCAAGCCACUGAUAUUCAGAGGUACGCAGCGGGAUCGGUAUUUUGGAGCACCGGGUACGUUGGCAUUCUGCUCAUGCUGGUUCUCAUCCUCUCAGACUUUUCGUCACUGAAAUGGAGACUUCUGUAUCAAUUUGCGCCUUGCUGGCCAACAAUGAUCAACACCUGGAUUGCUGGUACAAUAACGGCCCGUGCAAAGCCUCAGGCAGAAUGGCGCUGGGGUAUUGCGAUGUGGGCGUUCAUAAUUCCAUUGUCGACGUUGCCAAUCAUCUGCUGUAUGGUGCAUAUGAGGCUCAAGGCGAGACGGACCGAACAGUGGGCUAUUUUAGCGGAAGAGAAGAGUUUUUAUCAGGCUGAUGGCCUAGUCAAGACCCUAAUUGAACUUUUUUGGAGACUAGACGUUUUGGGAGUACUUUUAAUGACUACCUCUGUGGGGUGUAUUCUUUCCCCGCUAACACUUGCUGGAGGGACCCAGGCGAAAUGGGCAAAUUCUCACUUGAUAGGCCCUUUGGUCUUAGGAUUUGUUCUUCUACCAAUUUUUUUGGUUUGGGAAAGCAAGUGGUCCAAGUACCCGGUAGUGCCUUAUAACCUCGUAAAGGACAGGGCCAUUUGGGGAGCACUAGGUUGUCAAUUUUUAAUCGGUUUCAUUUAUAACCUGGCUGCAGGCUACAUCUACACAAUCCUUAUUGUCGCAGUGAAUGAAACUGUAAAGUCUGCGACCGUUAUUAAUUCGCUGUCGAGCUUUGUCUCGACGGUUGCAUCAACGUUUUUCUCAAUAUGGAUUACGCGAUGCACUAGACUGAAAGGCUAUAUUGUAGGCGGUUGCGGGAUAUGGGCACUUGCCAUGGGUCUUUUCUACCACUACAGAGGCGGAGAAUCUGCUCAUUCAGGGAUUGUAGCAGCUAUGGUAAUUUGGGGUCUGGGAGACACUUUGUUGAUUUAUCCUACUACAAUAUCGGUUCAAUCUGUGACUUCUCAUGAUAACAUGGCAACUGUCACGGCGUUGAAUUACACCCUGUACCGAAUUGGAUUGGCUACAGGUGCUGCUGUCUCGGGUGCUAUAUGGACUCAAACUUUGUACAAGGCUUUGGUAACAAGGUUGAAAGACGUGAAUAUGGCCACAGCUGCUUACAGUGCUCCUUUUGAGUUUAUUCUGGAAUACACCUGGGGCACAUCAGAGCGAAAUGCAAUGAUGGAGGCUUACAGGGAAGUUCAGCGUUAUGAGACCAUUGUCGCUCUGGUUUUCACCGUGCCGCUAUUCGUAUGCGGUCUUUGCCUAAGAGAUCCCCCAUUAACUGAUAAGGUGGCUCAGGAAGACAUAAAAAACGGAGAGUACGUAGAUAAAAGUCAUAAUGAUCCUAUUGCGGAUUGGUUUGUGGGAAAAUGGAAACGCAUUGGUGAUAAGAAAGAUUAG